GGGGAUGUUAUGAUAAAUGGUAAAUAAAAUCUAAAGUGACAUGGAGUUGGUUGUGAAACAGGAAAAUGGUAAAACACCCGAGACAAUCAGGGAUAUAAUUAGAUGGUGACGUUGAUGAUGUCAAAGCUGCUGCGUCCGCGUUGUCUGGAGCUUAACGAUCGAUCGCCGAAGGAAAUUUUACUGUCCGGGAGACAUUCGUACUUGUCACGGGUGGAGCCUUGGUCUGGUGUUACUUCGCUUUUACCUUGGACGUUAUCACAAUCCUCAAGAAUAAAUAUAUUUUCUGCCAACUAUUUUAUAUAUCAUUUAUUUUGCAUUACUGUAAUAUAUAUAGAUAUAUAUCGGAUUUAAAUCAGAGUACAGUCAUUGUCAGUCGGAGUAGUAAUGAGUGAUUUUUACCUUGACAUAAGUAUGACACGCGCAUUACUUAAGUGUAAUUUUCUUUGUUGAUAAUCCAGUUUGAUAAUCGACAGACGUACAAGAAAAUAGUUUAAAAAAGGCACUCAGAUAAAAGUACCAAUGUGCCUAAAUUGGAGUACCACAGACUUCCGGUCUAUAGAAAUAUAAAUAUUUUUUACGGGUACAAGUAAUUGAAGGCGUUAGUAAUUUUGAUGAAUUUGAAUUAUACAUAAAAAUAAAAAUAAUAUUUUUUGGUUGAUAUAAAAAGUCCAGCAGGAUAUUUUUAGAUAAUCACAGGGUACGGAAGUAGGGUAGAACCUGAUAUGCCGAACUGUUUAUUCAGUGCCUCAAAUGAAGAUAACAACGAGUGAGUGUACAAUAGAAACUCUGAGUGAUUCAAAAAUAAAUAUUAACCCUGGGUCAUCGUUAUCGGCGUACAAAAAUUCAAACAUAAAACGAGAUAACGCCGAGCCGUUUAGUCAUAUAGAAAAAAUGAAUAUACCGUACGAAAUGAGCAAAGAAAGUUUAAUGGUUAUCAAAGAUAACAAGUCAUACUCAAAAGCUUUGAUAACCAGUGACGGGAGGAGCUGUUCAACAUGUGCACCGUGCACAUCAACAGUGUGUCGGACAGUGUCCUCGCUUCCUGCAUCUCUGCGAGACUUGCCGAUGAAUCGAGACACAAGACGAGCGCGCUCCGAGCCAGGGAUUUUUUCAAGCUCUGGUACGGCAACAAAUCAAAUCGUCAUUUCACCGCCACCACCGACGGCAACAACAGUAAUGAGAACAUCCUCGACGACACAGGGAAGAUCGUCAGCAGCAACAGCGCGGAUAUCAAGUCUUGACGGGCUUGAUUCACUGGGAGUACUUUCAGACACGACAACCAGAUCGAGCAACAAUGGACCAAGAACCAAUGACAAUCAAAUAUCUUCUCCAGUAUUUGCAUCUCCAGUGAAUCAACUGGUACCAGUGAAUAAUAAAUCGUGGGACAAUAAUUCCGCUGAGAAUGAGUCCUCUGAUUACGUUGUGGAUUCAGUCCAGGGCAAUGCAUAUCACAAGGGACAGUUUCUUGGAAAGGGUGGCUUCGCGAGAGUUUAUUUGAUGACAGACAUAGCCAAUGGCAAAAAAUACGCAUGUAAAAUAAUUCCGAAAAACCGUAUGCAAAAAAUUCACAUACAAAAAAUUGCACGUGAAAUAAUGAUUCACAAAGACUUGAAUCACAUAAAUGUUGUGCAAAUGCAUCAUUACUUCGAGGACAGUUUAAAUGUUUACAUGCUUUUAGAGGCUUGUCCGCGAAAGAGUUUAAUGCACGUGCUUAAAUACCGAGGUAAAAUUACUGAACCAGAAGCACGCUAUUACAUGAAACAAAUGGUUACCGGUGUAGCCUACAUCCACUCGCAGAAAGUUGUUCAUCGUGACCUUAAACCCGGCAACAUGUUUUUAUCGGAUGGUAUGAUUGUUAAAAUUGGUGAUUUUGGCAUGGCAACACGCCCUGAUGGUCAGCGGAGACGUGUAACGGUAUGCGGAACACCAAAUUAUAUAGCUCCGGAAGUCCUAUACAAGCAAGCGCACAGUUAUGAAGCAGACGUAUGGGCUCUGGGAUGUAUUUUGUAUGCCUUGUUAGCCGGUCAACCGCCAUUUGAUACCGCCACCCUGAAGGAAACCUACUCGAGAAUAUGUAACAAUAGCUACAAGAAACUUGAUGACUCUAUAGUGAGCUGCAGCGGGCAGGAUUUGAUUCAUUGGCUUCUUCAGCCUUUGCCUGAGCUACGUCCGUCACUGGAACGUGUUAAAGAACAUCCGUAUCUCACGAUGGAAUACGUCCCUACAAAAUUAGCUCACUCAUGUUGUUACCGUAUGCCAACACUUCACAGUCCAUUGAUUGACAACAAUGUUAAAUCAUCACUGCUUGCACCCUGUUCAACUCUACCUUCCGGCUCUUCUCUGUCUUCCGCCUCAUCUAGAUCAUCAACGUUCCAACGCAGUCCCACGGGAGCUGUGCCACUACCGACGCUAGCCAACGUCCCACACAUUGAAUCUAAACCCAAGAGUAUCGCUGCGAUAGCUACCGUUAAGCCAAUCACACCUCAGUCGCAAAAAGAGACACAGAAAAAAUCUAAAGUGGGGCAUUGGCUUGUCCGCAAAUUCCCAAAGCUUACGAAAUUGCGUCAUCGUAUUGGCAAUUUUUUGUAUCCUGAUCGAAAAAAAUCUUCUGAAAGCGCAAUGAUGCACCGCGCAUUAGAGCAUUGUCUGACAGAGAUACGUUACAACAGAACUACAUGUAAUCCCCUACCGGUUGAUGGAGUCGCUCCCCUAUUUAUCACUAAGUGGAUAGAUUACUCUAAUAAGUACGGAUUGUGCUUUCAAUUGUCAGACCGCUCGGUCGGAGUUCUCUUCAACGAUAGCUCCAAGAUGAGCUACACUCGCGAUCGAAGACGAGUUGAGUACACGACACCGGAUGAUGAAGUAACUCGUUACGCUCGUGAGCGUGAUGUUCCUACAUUUAUGCACGAGAAGCUUGAACUUCUUCGGCAUUUCACUGAAUACAUGGAUGAUCACUUAACUAAUGGUGGUGAAAUAGGAGACAGUACCACGAAAUUAUCGCGAAGAAACUCAAGCAGCGUUCCCAGGAUGCGUCGCUGGCUACGCACGGAUAAGGCUAUCGCGAUGGAGUUAACGGUUCCACUGCUGCAAGUUAAUUUUUUUGUUGAUCAUACCAAGAUAGUCGUAUCAGAAGGCGCACGGACACGAGACUAUCUCGUAACUUAUAUUGAUGCUGACAGACAUGCUACCUCUUAUUGGUUACGCGACUUACGUGACUGUGGUUGUACAAGUGAGCUUUAUGAAAGAUUAAAUUAUGUUUGCAGAGCAUCACGUGAAUUUGCUCACUUGGAGCACAAUGCCGCGUGUUCUGAGAUUUCAGCAAAUCGUGCUAUCAACUCACGCGCUUGAGUUGUAACACAGCAAUAUAAUUAUUAUUUAAUGUCUUCCGGGGCAAUAAUUCGUUAUUUAAAUAAUUACAAUAAAAAAAAAGAAACAGGAAAAAAUAACAAUAUAAUAAACAAUUAUAUAAAUAUAUAUAAUAAUAGCAACACAGGUAGAUUAGAAUGAAACGGUUGAUAAGUUAUAGUUGUUUUGAUUGAAAAAAUGCAAAAAAAUAUAUAUAUACAUAUAUUUUUCGAUAUUCCCCAAUGGUUAUAUUUUUAUUGGUACAAGUUAUAUAUUUUGAUGAUGAGAAAUUUAAUUUUUUUAUGACCAAAUCAUAUAUAAAUUUUUUUUUCUCAACACAGAGAGAAUUGAGUGUGAGUGUACCAGAUGUGAGACAGUUCAUGAAUUUUAAAUAAGCAAAUUAAUUGAUAAAAUUAAUGAAAUUUAAAAAAAAGGCGCGUGCUGAGUUAUCAGUGAUCUAAAUACGCAUUUUUAAAUUUUUGUUCUACUUAUAUUUUAUUUAUUUAUUUGAAAAUUUGAAAAUUGCCGUCAGUUACAUUCACACUCAGUAGAUUUUUUUCCUUUUUUUAAACACGUUGUUAUUGCUGUGAUUUGUUAUAAUCAUUAAUUAUUAUUAUUAUUUUUAAUUUUAAUUAAUAUUAUUGGAAUGAUUAUUUAGCAAGUCAUUUUGUAAUGUUUGUUAUUGAAUUAUUAAGGUGAUAUUGUGAAAAAAAAAAUUUAUGUUUGCACAAUUUAUCAGAUUAUAUAAUAAUCUUAUUUAAGUGUACAAAAUUUACUGAUUUAGAUGUAUGUACACGUCAAUUGUUAUCAAGUAUAUUUAUUUCUAGUUGAUUAAUUAUCUUUUUUUUUUACAUAACAUUUUUUUUCGCAUCAUGUACAUGAAAAAAAUAAAAUAAUUCACACGUGUACUUUAACACAGCCAGGCUGUCGUUACAAAUACAACGAUCUCAAAUAGUUAA